AUGCUCAACCAAUCCUACCAGAAUGGUUCCUAUCUCGGAGGAGUUCAUCUACAUGAAUUUCCUACAAUCAACUUCUCUCCUCACUACUGUUUACCGACCAUGGACGCGACAAAAUCCUCGCCAGAGCAACUACAAACAGGUUACGAUCCUUGCUUUCAAUUGGCUUCACAUCAGCAAAAAAUUGCAUAUCAAGAACACUUACCGACAACAUCGGCUCAGACCAUUCCCCCAAAUGAAUAUAGUAGCUGCGCUCAGAUUUCUCUUCCACAGUUCUCCAUGCCUUGGACAGAUACUUUGUAUGCGGGCAAAAAUAUUGUAACUGGGGAUUGUGAAUUUUUUAAUCUUUUAGAUCAUAACAAAAGCCUAUGCGACUACACAACAAAUUUAUUAUUCGACGAUUUUACAGGUUUUGAACCAUACACCUUUUCCGAUUCCCACAGAUUCCUUGACUACAGCAAUGAUGUGCCGACUGCACCAAAAUAUCAAAAUAAUAUUUUGAAUAGUCAUUCACAGUCUCAAAAUUUUAUAGAGGGUAUCAUCGGGGAAUCAAAACCCAACAAUUACAAUUCUCCACACAACAUGGUCUGCAAUGUCGAAGGGGCUCAAAAUAGUAACGAGAGUACCUUGCCACAAGACCAUUUCCUGGGAAUUAAAAAUGAUCUCCCUUUUUCUGCAAGCCCUUCGGCUGUCAGCUACGAAAAACAAUCUUGCGAGUCAUACGCUAGGCUUAUUUAUCGGGCAUUAAUGAGUGCGCCAAAUUAUCGCAUGGCUUUGCAAGAGAUAUACCAAUGGUUCCGUGAAAACACAUGUAAGGGCACGAAUGAAAGUGAAAGCGGUUGGAAGAAUAGUAUUAGACACAACCUUUCAAUGAACGCUGUAUGUAACUACUGA